AUGGAUUCCAUGCAUCUGAAUCCGAAAUUCGUUCUUGAUUCCAAGGACCUCGCCUUGUAUCGAGAGGCUCAUCCAUUACCCGCGAAGUUUUUGAUACCCGCGAAAACACUCUCGAAACCGAUGCUCGUCCUCGACUUUGACGAAACUCUCCUACACGUUGAAUACAAAGCACCCCCGAAUUUCGACUUCCAGACAGAAUGCGACAAGCGAGCCAUGUUCGUUCAAGUUCGGCCUCAUUUGAAAACUUUCCUCGCGAAAGUGAAACCUCACUAUGAAGUCGCGGUUUUCACCGCCGCGCAGCCAAACUAUGCGGACCCGAUGCUCGACCGCGUUGAUACUGAGCGUUGCAUACAGUACAGAUUCUAUCGGCAGCAUUGCCACGUUUUCAGAGAAGUCUACGUGAAAGACUUGGAGACCUUGGGAACGCCCCUCGAGCGCACUCUGAUAGUGGACAACCACCCGGGCAGUUUCAUGGUCCAUAGGAAUAAUGGCAUCCCAAUCAAGUCCUACAUGGGUGACAGUGGCGACACCGCCUUGCUCGAGCUGUGGGGUUUCCUCGACGAGAUCAAGAGCGAAACGGAUAUGAUUCCGAAGGCGGUUCAAUACGCAAACGGCUGGCGCGAGAAACUUUCGCGUCAGAAGAAGAAGGCUGAGGCAAGCGCGACGCAAUCGUACGAGUCCAGCACCUCAUCAGGACCCCAAUGA